AUGCAAAAGAAAUAUGCCAAACAUUUUAUACUCCUAUUUUUCCUGACUCCUAAAAAAUUUAUUAUAAAAAAUGAUCAUACUAUAAAUCGAAUUAAUCUUGAUAGAGUACCUACCUCUACAAACAAAAAAAAAUACAAAUUAAUCAACUUAUAUAAUGACAAAAAAUAUAAUAUAUCAACAAAUAUAAAAAGAAACACUUUUUUAGAUAUACAAAAUCAAAAUGAUGUUGAUUACAUAUAUGGCUUGAAUUCUGUAUAUUCAGUACUUAAAAAAAAUGAAAGAAAAAUCGAUAAAGCUAUAAUCAACAAAACCAUCAAAAGAAAUAAGAAGAUCCACAAAGAGACCUAUGAUUAUAUUCUAAAUACAAUAAAAGAAAAAAAUAUACCAACUAUAUAUAUGAGCAAAAAUGAAAUGGAUGAACUAGUAGGCGGAUUUCCCCACAAUGACAUUAUAAUUGAAGCACCAUAUAGAUAUAUGAAAAAUUAUAAGCAUUUUAUAAAUAGUCAAAAAAAAACAAAUAAUAAUAUAUAUAUUUGCUUACAUAAUGUUUAUGAUAAUAUGAAUGUUGGAAAUAUCUGUAGGUCUAUUUUAUUUUUUGGAGGGGAUUCUAUAUUUUUAAAACGAAAAAGAAAAAAAGGUGAAAAUAAAAAUUCUAUCAAAAUAGAUACACCUAUUCUACAUUCAAGUGUUGGAUCCUCAGAAUAUUUGAAUUUUUUUCAUGUAAAUAAUAUGGAAAACUUUAUUUCAUCAUUAAAAGAAAAAGGAUUUACCAUACUGUCUACAAGCAUCCCGAAGAAUAACACACAAAUAAACAAUUUUGUAGAACUUAAAAAUGUAAAAAUAAAUAAAAAUGAAAAAGUGAUGGUAAUACUGGGUAAUGAAAGCAAAGGGCUUAGUGAAGAUAUUAUAAAAAAUUCAGACAAUUGCAUUUAUAUAAAUAAUUUAUUUGAUGAACAAAACCUUCAUCCCUAUUUAAAAAAUACAAAUGAUAAUUUAAUUGUUAAUAGUCUUAAUGUAAAUAAUGCAUGCUCUAUCAUUCUACACCAUCUCCAUGCCAGCAUGGUAUAA